AUGUGGCAGCCAAACACACCCCUAUCGGAGGACUGCCUCUUUCUGAACAUUUGGGUUCCAAUCUUACCAGAAGAGCAGCGAUGUGAAAAAGACAAGAAACUUCCAGUUAUGGUGUGGAUUUUUGGCGGUUCGUUUAGCACUGGAUCCUCUGUCCUCAGCGUCUACGAUGGGCGCUUCCUCUCUACCCGUCAGAAUGUAAUUGUGGUAACAGUGAAUUACAGAUUAGGACCAUUCGGUUUCCUCUACCUCAACUACUCUGGAGCCCCCGGAAAUAUGGGCUUGUGGGAUCAACGUCUCGCGCUAAAGUGGGUCAAGGACAACAUUGAACACUUCAACGGAGACCCCGAUCGAAUUACGCUUUUCGGCGAGUCGGCAGGCUCUGUCAGUGUUAGCGCACAUGUCGUCAGCCCCUGGUCCCACAGCUUCUUUCGAAAUGCCAUCCUCCAAUCGGGUUCUGUGUUUGGAUACUGGGGUGUUGAAACCGCGCAAAAGCAGCUCAAUACGUCUCUCAGGUUGCUCGAUCUGGUAGGCUGUGGAGGAAGGAGUGGAGAAGACCUGCAUGCCUGUCUCCAACUAAAGCCCUCCUCGGCUUUCAUAGAUGCGCAGAACAAUCUCUACGAUCCCUACGCCUACCUCUCCAUCCCCUUCCCGCCCGUUCUUGAUGGGCACUUCCUGCCCUAUACCACGAGUCAGUCCUUCCGGGAAAAUGAGACCCUGACGAUGGAUCCGAAUGCCCUGCCAGUGCACACGCACUCGGAGUACCUGAAGGCCCUCUAUAAGGUGCUGGAUAUGCACGGCGACGAUCGGCCAGACCUCUUGGAGCCGCUGAUAGUUCUGACAGACUUUGAAUACCAGGACUACACACACCUAGUGAGCACCACUUUCUCUCUUUCUCAUAUGUGCAUGAUAAUGGUUUUAUGCCGUAAUUCCACAUAUAUACUAGCUAAAAGCCCAGACACGUGUAUCGCCGAUGUUUCUGCUACUGCGUAA